ACUGUAUUUUGGCAUCACUGUUCGAGGUAAACACGGUGUCGGCGAAGAGAGCAAAACAAAAGUGCGAAUUUCUUCAAGAGAAUAUUCUUCUGAAAUAACUGUGAGAAGAAGAAAAUGGCCUGGCGAGGAGUAUUAGGACUGAGGUUACUGGGAAGUGCUUCGAGGUCUAUCACGAGAAGCUCAGUAAACCCCGAAUUAAUUAGUGUUGCCGGGUCUGCUCCUCCGUCUCGUCACAUAGCUGUUUCGUCUUCAUUGUUUGUGAAAGAGAUUAUUAUUGACACAUCAGAUAAACAGACAACAAUUGAGGGUGUUUACAAAGAGUCAGAUAGAACUGAACUGCUUGUCAAGACUGAGCAUACUGAAUGUGGUUCUUGUCCUCUCUGUGCCCUUCAACUGAACCUAAAGCAUACUGAUGUUUUGGUUUUGUCCCAGUUCUUGCGCUCAGAUGGAUGCAUGUUGCCGAAACGAAUCACUGGCUUAUGUAAUCCCCAGCAGAAGAAAGUGACCCAGUUAGUUGCCAUGUCACAAAAAGCAGGAUUGAUGCCCAACCUCGCCCCCUCUUGGAGUAAGAAGGAUCCCAAGAAACGUUUUGGAUCCAGGAAACUCAACAGAUAUUUUGAUGAGAAAACAAUAAAGAUUAAAAUAUAAGAUAAUAUGGGUUCUCUGAAUCUGUGUAAUUUUUAUCUUCAGAUGUAAAAUCUACAUAUGUAAUUAAAAAGAUGUAUUCAAAUGUAAAUAAAAUGAGUGUUUGGAUAA